GUGAUGAUGAUGAUGAUGAUGAUGAUAUAUUCUUACAAGAAUUGAAGAAUUUUUUUUUUUUUUCCAGACUGGUCUGAUAGCCAUUUCUCUGACGUUGAAUCUUCAGGCAAUGAAAUGGACGAUGGUUAUUCCGCACAAAGAUACCUUCAGUUAAAUGAAGUAAAAUUUCCAGAGAAACGGCCCACAUCUCCAGCCUUGCCCCCACGUAACAACAUAAAACCACCUCCAAUUCCUCCAAUACGUAAAAAACAUAGCGUGCACAUUACGAGGGAACAGAAUAAAUUUAGUUCAGAGGCAAAUAGCAGACAAUUUUCCAAAGAUCAUAGUAAAGCCCCUGAACAUUUAACACAAGCAUUAUCAAAACUGAGACCAGUUGCAACUAGUUGUAAGGAAGAUGAUGAAGGUAACUACAUAGUACCACCUCCAAUUCCUCCAUCACGUAAAAAACAGAAUUUGUCCAAACCAAAGGAGCAGAAAAAAAUUAGUAAAGAAGCAAAUGGCAGAAAAUUUUCCAGAGAUCCUAAUAAAGCCACUGAAAAUUUAUCACAAGCAAUAUCAAAAUUGAAACCAGUUGCAACUGGUAAGAAUGAUAAAGUAGACUAUGUGCUUCCAGUAAAUAGUAGUAGAAAACAUUGCAAAGAGAAUACUAAAAUCUCGGAAAGUUUAGCUCUGGCACUGUCCAAACGGAUUGGUUCCGAUGAAGAGGAUGGAGACUAUGUGGUUCCUGUAAAUAAAUCCACCUGGCAGCAGUCAAAAGAUUCAUUAAUCUCACCUAUGACACACAAAGAAAUGUCUGUAAGAAAGAAGUUACCAAUUCCACCAUUGUUCAAUACUUCAAAUUAUAAUGAAAGUUCACAUCAACAAGAUCCCCAGACCUUUGAAUGGUUCCAUAGCAAAAGCAAUCGGGAAGUAAUCAAAGAACAGUUACUUCAACAUGAAAUGGAUGGAAUGUUUGCCGUUCGAAAAAGCAACCAAAAAAGCAGUUUACAUAGUUAUUCUUUGACAUUUUACCAUAAAGGCCAAAUAUAUAACUUCCCAAUACGCACUCGAGUAUCAGAUAUGAAAUUUGCCCUGGGCUACGAGAAACCAAAUGAACCUGCUUUUUCCAGUUUAGAGAAACUUGUGGCUUAUUUCAAAGAAAACAGGAUCAAACUUGCUAAUAAUGAGCUGGCUAUUUUAACAAAACCCCUGCCAAAAUUCAGCUGAAUUUCAUCACCUCCAACAAGCAUAUUCUCUGUAAAUACUAAUUUCACAUAGGAAUGUUUAAUGAAUAUAUAAACAGAUGUUGAAACAAUGAUGAUGAUGACGACGACAAUGAUGAUGAUAAUGAUGCCAACGACAAUGAUGAGGACAGUGGUGAUGAUGAUGACGGUGUGAUUCAAACUUGCUGUGUAGGUGGAUCCAGUGUUUGGAUGAAGGGAGCUUCUCUGCAAGAGAGUAUUAAGAGCAGGUCAUUUAGUAAUUUCCAUUUUGUCAUGGCUUCCUACUCACAUUUAUCCUAAAGAGGCAAUGACAGCUUGGAGCUUCUUGCAGUAGAACGAGACAAGCUAAGUGGACAUUCUACGUGUUUUGGUAAUUGUAGUUUUUGGAACUAGAGGCAAAAACUCACACACAUACACACUUACAGAUAAGGCAGUGAGCUGGCAGAAUUGUUAGCAUGCUAGGCAAAAUGCUUAGCAGCAUUUUGUCCAUCUUUACAUUCUGAGUUCAACUUCCACCAGGAUUGAUUUUACCUUUCAUCCUUUCAAGGUCGAUAAAAUAAGUACCAGUGAAACACUGGGGGUCAAUGUAAUCAACUAGUACUUUUCCCCAUAAUUUCAGGCCUUGUUCCUUUAGUAGAAAGGAUUAUUAUUAUCAUUAUUAUUAAGGCAGUGAGCUGGUAGAAUCAUUAACACGGCAGGUGAAAUGCUUAGCGGCAUUUCACCUGUCGCAAUGUUCUGAGUUCAAAUUCCGCCAAGGUCGGCUUUGCCUUUCAUCCUUUCAGGGCCGAUAAAUUAAGUACCAGUUGAACACUGGGGUCGAUGUAAUUGACUAGUCCCCUCUCACAAAAUUUCAGGCCAUGUGCCUUGAGUAGAAAGGAUUAUUAUUAUUGUUGUUGUUGUUAUUAUUAUUAAGGCAGAGAGCUGGCAGGAUAUUUAGCAUGCCAGGCUCAGUGACGUUUCAUCCGUCUGUACAUUCUGAGUUCAAAUUUCGCCAAGGUUGACUUUCAUCCUUUCAGGUACUGGCUUUGGCCUUGUGCCAAAGUCUGAAAUCAAUAUACACUUACAGAUAGAAAGAGAAAAAGAGAGACUUUAUAAUUUAUUAAUUGACUACAAGUGACAUAAACACUUUGCCUCUUCUCAAAUACUCACACAUAUAAAUGGAGAGAGGGGUGGAGAGAGAGAGAGAGGGAACAAGGGAAACAUUAAAACAUCUAAUGUCAAACAAGUCAGCAUUGAAUCAGUGAUGCCAAAUGAAUAUCAAUAAAAUGGUUGCCAAAAUAUUUCCCUGCUAUGAGUAACAGGGCAUUGAUUUUGCUCGUACUUCAUAUCAAUGUAUUUAAUUGGCAGAGCACGGUUUAAUUUCAGUGUGUAUUUAUUUAGAUAGCAAAGCUGAAUAAAUAUUUAUCGAACAUUCAUAAGUUAAUUAUUCAUUUAUAUACUUCUUCAGCUAUUUUGUUUAAUGCCUGUGGAAUGCAAUGAUAUGAAAAGGUACUGAGAUGUACAAUGAUCCUGCAUUUCCUAUUAAGUAAAUGCAUUUAAAAAUAAUAAUAAAUACGCCCUUUUAAAGCCUAGCCAAGCUCAUGGGCCCAGUUUCAAUGGCGUAUGUAUUCCCCAGCUGGACGGGACGCCAGUCCAUCGCAGCAUUACUCAUUUUUGCCAGAUGAGUGGACUGGAGCAAGGUAAAAUGAAGUGUUUUGCUCAAGAACACAACGCGUCGCCCGGUCCAGGAAUCGAAACCACAAUCUUAUGAUCAUGAUGCUGACAUCCUAACCACUAAGCCACACGCCACCACAAAUGCAUUUUUACUCAGCAUUUAUUGCAAGUAACUCUAAGCUGUUCUCUCUCUCUCUUUUCCCCUCCCUUCCUCUUUCUCUCUCUCUCUGACAAACAUCAGUGAAUAUUCUUAACAAGAGGUUAACUUGUCCAAACUAAUAAGUUCCAAUUGAACACUAUGUUCCAAUUGAAUGUAAUCAACUUAUUGGUUCUCCUGCUCCAUUACUGAAAUUGCUGACCCUGUGUUAAAAUUUGGAACCAAUAUUAUGAAAAGAGGUUUAUCUCCCUUACAAUUACCAAGGUAUGCUCACCUUUUGUAGAAUCCAAUCUUGAAAAAAAUCAAGUAGAAGACUUUCGCUAAUUUCAUCGACUGACAAGCAGUGAUAAAUAUAUAGUUCUUGUCCUUCCAGUGGAUUCAUGGCUUUUGUCAUUCUGAAACUGGUGAUUAUACUGCAUAAAGGCGCAUGGUUUGUACAAAGUAGGCGUAGGAGUGGCUGUGUGGUAAGUAGCUUGCUUACCAACCACAUGGUUCCAGGUUCAAAUUCUUCUCAAGUCAGCUUUACCUUUCAUCCUUUCAGGGUUGAUAAAAUAAGGACCAGUUGAAUUCUAGGGUUGAUGUAAUCAAUUUAUCCCUGCUCCCAAAAUUUCAGGUCAUGUGCCUAUAGUAGAAAGGAUUAUUAUCAAGAUUAUCAUUGUCAUCAUCAUCAUCAGUUUCUUGAUUCCAAAUUGAUCUUAUUCUUGGCAGAAUUUCUGUGGAUAAUGAGAUACAACCUGUAACCUUAGAUGUCCACAUGAUUUCAAUAAGCCAUCAGGUGCUUAAAACUUUGUUCCAAAGAGGUAAAUCUUCUGUAGGUGCUAUACAAAACAUUCCUGUUCCAAUCUCCUUUAACCAUUUGUCUAUGUUAUCACUCACAGUCCCCUAAUGCACCAAUUGUCACAGGUACAACCUUUGCCAAUUUUAUGUUUCAGAUCCUCACAAGCUCAAAUUUUAAGGGGUUGUAUUUUUCCCGAUUUUCUUUGUCUCUUGCUGUAAUAUCUGCUUGUUAUGUUCCAAAAUACCUCCUUGAUCAUACUAAACAAAAGUAUUCUCCAUAAUUACUAAUUUCAUUGAUAUACCAUGUCAUCUUGUAUCAUCAACUACAAAAAAAUAAAAAAAAAAAACCCAGAAAAAUUCUCACAAAAUUCAAUGCAAUUAAUCUCAUUUUUAUUUUUGCUUUUUUUUUUUUAAUCAAAAUUCUUACCUGGUUUCAGUAUUAUUUCUUUAUAAGUGUAAGGUGCUGAACUGGCAGAAUCAAUUAGCACAUCGAGCAAAAUGCUUAGUGGUAUUUUAUCCAUCUUUAUAUUUUGGGUUCAAAUUCCGCCGAGGUCGACUUUGCUUUUCAUCCUUUCAGAGUCGAUUAAAAUAAGUA